GAGAGAAGGAAGGAAGGAAGGAGGGAAGGAUGAAGCCCGCCGCGCUGCUGACGACCAACGUGGUCGGUGGCCUCGGCAAUCAACUUUUUCUCCUGGCGAACCUACUCGCGACAUCCCGGCGCAGCGGCAUUCCGGCGUUUGUCGAGCCCGUCGCCUUCAGCAGCAGCGCCGCUGCCCCGCGACCGACGUACUGGUCCUCGGUGUUUCGCGAGCUGGAGCAACACGGCGUGCGGCUGACGUCGCGGUCGCGCGCGUCCUCGCCGGCUCUGCCGCUGGUGAAUGUGCCGGAGAUGCGGCCCGUGCACAAAAUCGAGUUGGACGCCAAGCGGGCGUGCCUCUACAACAUGGUCGGGUUCUUCCAGUGCGAGGAGUUCUUCAACGACUACCCGGUGCUGCGCUCCGUCGUACCGGCCGAGUUAUGGAAAGCGGCCCAGCACCACCUCCGGCGCCAUUACCGCAGCGAUGCGUGUCACACCGUGGCGUUGCACGUGCGGCGUGGCGACUACGCCGACUUCCGCGACAUCUUCGAGCAGCUGGAAGUGGAGUACUACGACGCGGCGGUGCGGCAGCUGCUUGGCGGGCUGCUCUACCGUCAACAGCAUCAACCCUACGUGCAACGCCCUGCCAUCGAAUCCGCAACGCCACCCUCGCCGUCGCUUCAUCUCCUGUUGUUUUGCGAUGACGUGCGCGUUGCACAAACCAUGGCCGGCUAUUUCAGCGUCAAGUACAAAGGCCUGAACGUGAGUGUCGUCAGUCCAGAGCUGGAGGCGAAGCGAAACAACAGCGAGGAUGCGGUGUACGCGUCAUCGCCAUCGCCAUCACCGUCAUCGGCGUUGAUGCCGCGCGAUGUUCUUGAGCUGUUGAUGAUGGCGCAGUGCAACGACGUUGUGAUGGCGAACUCUACCUUCUCGUGGUGGGGCGCGUACUUCAAUCGCGUCCCGCUGCGCCGUGUGGUGGCGCCGUCGAGGUGGUUCGUGAAGGAUCCGUACCCGGCGUCGAACCACCUGUACUGCCCAGGCUGGAUGCUCAUCUAG